UUAAUAUGUUUGCUUUAUAUAUUUUGAUUACCACUCCCACAGAUUUUUUUUGUUUACAUUACUUUAUACCUGAAUUACUAUCACAAUGGCAAAUGGUUUCCUUUUAAAAAAAUGCAAUGAAGAAUUCCUGCACAGGUUAUAGAACAAUGGGCAAAACUUGUUUUAUUGAGGCGGGCCGUCUCUUAGGUCGCCCAUGUGAUGAUGAUCAUGUGACGUCAGGCUUUGGGUCUCUUCCGGAAAAACGAAACUAACCUCCUAUCCAAUGAAAAGGCUCCCAGUCGAUGAAGGGAAGUUUCGUUUCUCCUGAAAAAAUGCAAAGCUUUUCAGAUUUUGGGGGCGUAGCAGAUUGACAUUUUGUUUGCCACCGGACUCACUUAAAUAUCGAGCCUGCUGGCUGAAAGUACACACGUCUAUCCACAUAAGGACAGAAAAGACAACAUGGGAUUGCUGACGGGUCUUGCUGCGGGCGCUGCGGCCGUAGCUGGUUCGGUGAUUGUGGCUCCGGUGGCCCUGGGAGUUCUCGGCUUUACUUCAGCUGGGAUAGCGGCAGGUUCCAUCGCCGCGAGCAUGAUGUCCACCGUAGCCAUCGCCAACGGAGGAGGGGUGGCGGCAGGGAGCGUGGUGGCUAUCUUGCAGUCUGCCGGCAUGGCUGGUAUACCGGCUGCGGCCUCUGCAGCUGCAGGAGGUGCGGCAGCAGUCAUUGGUGCAAUCGUCUGAGGCCAAACCUUUUUGCCAAAUGAAUACCAUUUCAUAUAAUAUCAAUGAUGUGAUACGAAUAUGAAUCCUAAUUCAAUAAAUGAAAUUGGCCAAUUUCA